AUGAAAAUAUCCGAGUUUCUAUGGAAGUUCCGUUUCAUUGCAGAUUUCGCUGCAAUCGGAACGUUAUGCUUCAUGGCUAUUAUGACCUGUGUUGUUAUUCAUUUAACUAAUAAUAUUAUCGAUGAAAUUGAUGAAGUCAGAGAUGUUUUCAUGAGGAAGAAGCAUACUUUCGAGAUUUAUGCGAACGAUGCAGAAAAUCUGAUGCUCAGCGGCAAUCAUAUCGACGGGUUCUCAGAUUUGUUCAACACAAUGAUUCAAGUUCCACGGCGAUCAUCCAAUACGUGUAAUUAA